UGUCGUUUCGUCACCACGUGUGUUAUUUUCUUUUCGACUCACGAUUGUUUCCAAUUAUGAACUUUUUAUGAUUAUUACUUUUUUCUUGCUUAAUACUGUAGUGUUAUUACUAUUAUAAUUUCAUGAACAGUUUCUUGUGACAUUUAUGUGUUAUGUUUUAAUGAGUGACUGUAAUUGAGUGACUUUUGCGAAGGUUGUUUGAUAAAUAAAAAUGAUGAUGGACCAGGCACAUUUCGGAGAAUACCUGCUGAGGCAGCAAAUGUUGCAUGCUGCAUCUUUGAGUGGCCUUCAGCACAGAGUGGGUGCGGAUGCAGAACCUCCCGCUUGCGAGACGCGUCUCCUCAAUGGAGACUUAUGGCGACGUUUCCACGACAUCGGCACUGAGAUGAUCAUCACGAAAGGUGGAAGGCGUAUGUUUCCGUCCCUCCGCGUAUCCCUAAGCGGACUCGACCCUCGGGAAGAGUACUGCGUUCUCCUCGAACUCUCCUUGGUGGGCAGACGCCGUUGGCGUUGGGCGGGAGGCGCUUGGACUGCUGCUGGAGGCGCAGAACCACAAUCCCCACGUCGGUUAAUGCUGCACCCUGAUUCACCAGCGCCUGGGCACCAUUGGACAGCCAACCCGGUCUCGUUUAGUAAACUCAAGCUGACCAACAAUACGAUGGACGCGCAAGGACAUAUGGUGUUAACGUCGAUGCACAAGUACCGACCACGCGUAUUGGUAGUCCGCGCGAGAGACGCCGCUGCUUUGGCCUGGGGAGCCCCUCACGCUUCGUUCUCCUUUGCUGAGACGGAGUUCAUUGCUGUCACAGCAUACCAGAACGACCGAAUAACGAAACUAAAGAUCGACAACAAUCCAUUCGCAAAGGGUUUCAGAGCCUGCGGUCAGUCCAAGUGCAAAAGAAAGACCGUUGAACCAGACGGCAGUACAGAACCAAAUGAUACUACGGACGCAAAACGCCCUUGUUCUGAUGCGGCAUCCUCUUGUUCUGAAGAAGGCAGCCUUCGGUCUUCGUCACCCAGAUCUCCGCCGUUAAUAGACUCGCCUGCUCCUCUCGUAGUAUCAGAAAACAUCAGUCCUCCCCCCACAUUCUACCAUCCAGAGUUACCAUACAUGAACCCUCUACAUAUGCCAAUGCCUUUGGGAAUGUGGCCUGCUAAUACUUUGGCUGGUAGUUUCCUAAGUUCUCCCUGGGGUGCGACUUUACCUCCUCCUCCCGCUAACAUCCGUUCACCACCGACGGCCCCUGCUCCUUGCCGGCGUAUCAAGAGUUUUACAAUCAGCGCUUUACUCGGCGAAGGCUGAUCUCACUUCUGAUUUUUAGACAAUAUUAUUAAUUUAUCUAGAUUUCUAUUUUAGAAAUCACGAUGGGCAUGAUUCGCAAUAUUUACAUUAUAUUGUAAAUACUUAUAUCGAUGUUACUUCCUAAAGCUACCUCGUAGAUGUUAACGAAUAGGGUCGAACUUAUUACCCGACUAAGUACCAGAAAGGUUAUGAUUUGUCUAAGUGGAUGUGUUUCUAUGGUGCAUUUGUCUUUGGCCAAAUAUGCGCAAAGAUAAAAAUGUGACAAAUCCGUCGAGUUGGGCUACCUACUUUCAAAGCAAAUUUGAGGAAACCCUACCUCAAUCUUUUGAAAUUAAUCUCGUACUAAGUAAUACAUGUUAGAAAAAAAAUAUUAUUCUUCCUUUACAGUAGGAGUAAAUAAGUGGUCGAGUAUUUGUUUUGAACUUUUAGUUAUAUUAUAUUUUAUGUGAUAAAAGUGCCCUACGCAAACUUAAUUAUUACUUAAUUAAAAGUAAGAGGAAUGUUUUAUGAAAAAUCGAAGUUUUUUGUUUUAGAAAACUAGGGCUAAUUUAUGUACUUUAAGCUAAUUGUACAAAAUGUACAUAGAAAUAUAUUUUUUGUAAGAAGGUUAAUAAACUUUUUUAGAAAUA